AUGUCUGGUCUCCCGCACUUUCCACUGGCCCCCUUGGCCCUGGUCCUAGCCGUGCACUCUGGCCCUGCCAUCUGCCACAUCUCUGGCCAAGUCGCCGCAGCUAAUCGGCUGGACUUCGCACUCAGUAAGUACAACAAGGCGAGCAAUAACACCUACCACAGUUGCAUGGUGCAGGUGCUGCGUGCCCCCAAGCAGGUCGUGUCUGGGCUGAACUACUUCUUGGAUGUGGAACUCGGUCAGACCACAUGUACCAAGUCCCAUCCCAACCUGGUCAACUGCCCCUUCUACGACCAGCCUAGGCUGAAGAAGAGAACCUUUUGUUCCUUCCACAUCUACAGCGUGCCCUGGAUGGGCUCCAUCUCCAUGGUGAGGUCCAGCUGCCAGGACGCCUAGGAUCUUGCCAGAAAAGGCUGGGUCUUGCCGACCAGGUCCCUUCUUGUCUCUUCUCCCAGCACCACCGCCCCCACACCCCAGAGCUAUUAAACGAUAGGUGAGUGACCCCUUUCCUAACAGAGCACCCCCCAGUACACAGCUAAGUGGCUCUAACUUGUUUGCUGUUUCCAUCACUUUCCAAAUGCCCAGGUGCAGAGUACCC